AUCAACAACAUGGCCGUGAGCAGAAAAGACAGCUUUCUGUGGGGGAGAGCUCCACCGCGUUUCACUUCAGCUGAGGUGAAUCGGGAUGGUAAAGCAAAGACUCAGGAGUUUGAGUUGCUGGACGACAUUCAGUCCCCCUUGCAGAAGCUGAGGCUGGAGAUAAAUCAACAUAAUGUCAUGCCAGACAUCCACAAUCCUCAAACUACACAGGACAAAACUGUCACGAGGAGCAGGAGGUUCCUACGAGGAAAAAAGAAGUUCAACAUGGACCCCAACAUGGGCAUCAAUUACCUGGUCGAAAAUGGCCUCAUUGAAUGGCAAGCAGAGUCAGUGGCAGCGUUUCUUUACAAGGAGGAGGGACUGAAUAAGAGCGCCAUCGGAAACUUCUUGGGCGAAAGGGAGGAAAUGCAUCUGGAGGUGCUGAAAGCGUUUGUGGAUCUACAUGAGUUCUACGACCUGAAUCUGGUGCAGGCUUUGAGGCAGUUUCUGUGGAGCUUCCGCCUCCCAGGAGAAGCUCAGAAGAUUGACAGGAUGAUGGAGGCGUUUGCAGCUCGGUACUGUGAAUGUAACCCGAGAGUCUUUCAAUCAACAGACACCUGCUACAUCCUGUCUUUUUCCAUCAUCAUGCUGAACACGAGUCUCCACAAUCCCAACGUGAAAGACAAACCGAGUCUGCAGCGGUUUGUUUCCAUGAACAGAGGCAUAAACCACGGCGAGGACUUGCCAACUGAACUGCUCACGAAAUUGUACGCAAGCAUCCGCAGUGAGCCGUUCAAGAUCCCACAGGAUGAUGGGAAUGACCUCACGCUGACGUUUUUUAAUCCGGACCGAGAGGGUUGGCUACUAAAAAUGGGUGGUCGGAUUAAAACCUGGAAAAGAAGGUGGUUUAUUUUGACAGACAGCUGCCUGUAUUACUUUAAAUACACCACGGAUAAAGAUCCAAUUGGGAUCAUUCCUCUGGAAAAUCUUUGUAUCAGGGAGAUGCAAGACUCACACAAACUGCACUGUUUGGAGUUAUACAGCCCCAAAGGACAGAAGAUCAAGGCCUGCAAGACAGAAAACAAAGGAAGAGUGGUUCAGGGUCAGCACCAGUCUUAUAAGCUCAGUGCAGCCAGCGCGGAAGAGCGGGACGACUGGAUUAACGCGGUCAGAGCAAGCAUCACCAAGGACCCUUUUUAUGACUUGGUGUCUCUACGCAAGAGGAAAGUCAUCAACAACACCUCCUCUUACUGAAAUGUCCCUGGAUCCUCGAUGUCUUAUAAAGAAUCAUGAAUUUUAGAGUCAAGACAAAAAAACACACACACGCACACUACUGCCACUACUGUUAAUGCAAAUUUCCUCUUUUACAUUAUAAGUUACAAGAGAAAAAUUAACUAUUUGUGGCUUGGAUUUUAUUGGUUUCGAAUGACUUCUGCAAAGUGCAUGCACUACUGCUCAGACUGCAGGGACUGAUGGUUCCUACUGACAUACAUCUCCUGCAGAGUUGAGAAGAGGGAGGUUACAGGUUGUUGGCUAGUUAGAGUCAUGACCUAUUUUCUACUGAACUGCAAACUCGGGGCGGAGCAGACUGAAAAGCUGGUCAAAACAGGAACGAAGGUGAUGGUGAUGAUAGAUAAAAGCGAGACAAAGACACAGAAAAAGACCGAAGGAAGAUGAAAAGCGAACGCAAAAAAAUAUAAAAUGACCAAAAAGAGGCAGACACAAAGAAACUGCAUGUAGACAAAAAUACAAACAAUGAAAGAACGCCUUCUUCAGAGUCUAAAGUUUUACAUUUCACAGCGUCGUAACAUAUCCUGUGCUCCUUAGAAAGUCCUCAUAUUGGCGCUAGAGGCUCCAUCAUUCUUAAAGUUUAUCUGUACCAACCCUUCCCCCCACCCCCUUGUCUUUUUUUUUGGUGUUAUUGUAAUGUUUCUUUUUUUUGAUUAUGUGAAAUUUGGUGUUGUUAACCUUUUUUUUUAUUUAUUGUCCCUGUAUUCAUUUUGAAAAAUAAAAAUUAUAAAUAAUAAAAAAAAGAAAGUCCUAAAAUUGGGAAAACACGACUUCAGAUGUAAAUGACUUGACAUAUCACACUGUCAAUAUAUAUUUCCCAAAAACUACACGUGGUGGAAAAAAAAGUAAGCAAAACCUUUGUGUUACUAUAU